GUACUUUUGCAGUAGCACCACCAGCACCAGCAGGGACUGCAAAAGAGAAAAGUCCGCCCCUCUGCGUGCUCUGCGACUUUUCGCCAUAUUAGAGGUUUAUUAAGGCCGAGUCCCUCAGAUAAACACCGACUCUGAUACAAACUCUGACGGCCUGUCCCAUCUCUGAUUUCUGAACCACGCUGUGCACACCUCGUCCACCAUCUGAAAGUCGCAGUCGGAGCGAAAAGUCACACUCCAAACCCGCCAGAGUGCCAUGUGAAUGGAUCUCCAAAGGGACACCCCCACCGAGUUGCUGGCACCAUGACCACGUACAUGGUUUCUCACAACCCGAAAACAGAGUGGGGAUUUGACGGACAGGCUCACAGGCGACACUCUGAUUCGGUAAUACGCUCGCUCUCUCCUUCCCCCUUGCGACUCUGAUCGCCAGUGACAGAAUGGGCCGGGUGGGUGCAGCAGAGAAGCCCGACGGCCCGAAGUUAUGGCACCAGUGACCGUUGGAAAGAGGCCGCAGAUCUCCGUGCAGCAGAUUUCCGGAAGGGACGGAGAGAGGGGCAGCAGAGUUCGAAAGCAGGGGAGGGGGGAGAAGGAUCAUUGGACUCAUUUGGAGAUUCAUGGUUUUGCUGGUGUACUGUCGUAGGUGGGUAUUUACUGAGUCCACUGUUCCCAACCGAUUGCCGGUGAGGGAGAGCGAGAGAGAGAGAAACGGGAAGCAACGUUGACGGAGAAAAGGGCAAGUGACCGUUAAUCGUUGCUGGCAGCCUGAGGGGACGAGGGAGAGGACGAGACAAAGAGUGGAGUGAAAGGUUGUUCGAUGGGCGUGGAUCUACGAGUAAGCUUCUUCGUAGCUCUGCGCCGACAGACCGACAUGUACAAUCUGACAGCAAUCUCUUGCCGGAGCAGUUGAUCCAGUGGAAAAGAACAGAACCAGAGGAAGCGGAAGCACUAGGGGAGGGGGAAGUGGGGGUCAUCUGAUGAGCCUCUCUUCGAUCAUCCGAUUUCCGCAGCUGGCUGGCAUUCGGCAGCUGGUGUAGUGUAGUUCGAGACAGCUGGUCAAGAGAUUACAAGUACAGGAAAACGACUGGACAGCUGCGCAUAGAGCGAGGGCCGAGAGCCGCAGCAGCAGAAGCAGCAGAGCAGAGAGCAAGUACAGCACUGAGAAGGAAGGCAGGAAGGAGGGAAGGAACGAACGAUGUUGGCAACAAGUUCUAUGGACUGAGCGCGGCAUUCUCUUCGUCUGGAGCGGUGCAGCAACUGAAGAGGGCAGGAGCAGGAGGAGAGAUGGUGCUGAUGACUCGCUCCGCUCAGGCUGCCGUCGCCCUGUUCGUUGCGAUCGCGCUGGUUUCUGAUGCGAGCGCUGGAAUCGGAGUGAAUUAUGGAACCAUCGCGAACGACCUCCCGGCGCCGGAGGCGGUGGUAGCGCUGCUGAAGACGACGAUCAUCGACAAGGUGAAGAUCUUCGACUCGAAUCCUGCAAUCCUGCAGGCAUUCGGCGGCUCCGGGAUCGACAUCGUCAUCGGGGCAGGAAACGACCAGAUCCCGCUGCUGGCGAACCAGCCGGGCUACGCGCUGCAGUGGGCGCAGACCAACAUCGCCGCAUACCCGACGACCGCCAUCACCGCGGUCUCGCUGGGCAACGAGGUGCUGGCCUACGCGGCGGACGUGGCGCCGCUGCUGCUGCCGGCGCUGGAGAAUCUGCACGCCGCGCUCGUCACGCUGGGGCUCGACGGCAGAGUGAAGCUGUCGACGGCGAGCUCGCUGGGCAUCAUGGACGACUCGGAGCCGCCGUCGAACUCGACCUUCAAGGCGUGGGAGGCGAGCAUUCUGGCGCCGGUGUUCGCAUUUCUGGCCCGCACCGGCUCGCCCUUCAUGAUCAACGCGUACCCGUACUUCGCCUACACCGGAAACCCGAAGAAUACGUCACUCAACUUCGUGCUUUUCCAGCCGGCCGACGCCAGCGAGACGCGGUUCGACCCGGUCUCCGGCCUGACGUACUCCAACAUGUUCGACGCGCAGUGCGACGCCGUGUUCUGGGCCAUGGAGAAGCUCGGGUUCAAGAACGUGAGCAUCGCCGUGACUGAAACCGGGUGGCCGUCCGCCGGCGACCCCUACGAGUUCGGGCCCAGCAUGGCCGACGCGCAGACCUUCAACCGCAACCUCAUCCGCCACAUCGGCACCGGCGUCGGCACCCCGCUCCGCCCCGGCGCCGUCAUCGACACCUACAUCUUCGCCCUGUACAACGAGAACCUCAAGGCCGGGCCGGCGUCGGAGCGCAACUUCGGCCUCUUCUAUCCGACCGGCGUGCCGGUUUACGACGUCGGCAUCUUGGGCGGCCCGCUCUCCCCCGUGGCGCCCCUUCCGACCGCUCCCCCUCCUCCCCCCGCCGCCGCUCUGGCUCCGGGCCUGCCUCCCUACGUCGUCCCGACUGUUCCUCCCCCUCCGGUGGCAGCCAUGGGCCCCGGGCUCCCUCCCUACGUCGUCGGAGCUCCGCCCCCUCCCAUGGGCAUUGCGCCCUUCGCGCCCAUGGCGCCGUCUCCUUACUCUCCUCCGCGCCGCAUGGGUCCUCCCCCUCCCAUCGUCUACACUCCUCCUUUCGAUCCUUACUACAACUAUCCCCCUCCCUACCGCAAUCCCAACAGCUCCGACCGCGUGUCCGUCGUGUGCGGUCGGCUGCUGUCUGCCCUCCUCGUGGCGCAAGCCGUGUUCUACCUUCUCGUCUGAGGCAAUAUGUAGCGCUGGUACUGCACGUGUCGAGCUCAUUUUGCUGCCGGAGCUCGGAGUGCACGUAUUGUAAUAUAUCUAGUUCCCGAGAAAUUCAUCCCAUCCUUCCCUCAUUUAUUCUUCGCGCAGAGAUGCGUCGGUCAGUGGAGUGAACCCUAGGGAGUUCGAUUGCACGUCUGUGGAGAAUUGAGCUUCCCUUGGGACGACGAAGGUUCUUUGUUCAGAUCGGGAGGUCUUCUUUCCAAUCGCGCCCUGGUUCGCACAGGGGCACUGGCAACAGGAUAGCUAUUAGCAGAGCAAUGUCGUGCAGACACGACGGAUCCAGCCUCGUUUCUGCUCUGCAGGCUUUGCAAUUUACAUGGUCAGGCUUCUAGGGAUUCGUGCAGGACCGAGGUGGCUUGUCGAGAGCUGCGCGCCCCUUUUUCUCCCGAAGCUGCAAGAGUUCUGGAACUACAGCAUCGUCUGGAGUGCAUGCGCUUGUGCAUAGACUAGAGCUCCGAAGUGAAUGUUGACGGCGAUGGUCAUAGCGGCUUGCCACCGUCGGUAGAACGAUUUGUACAUUUUUAAUCUGGACAAAAGUCACCUGCCGCUGGGGGCUGAUUCAAGAGGGUCGUGAAACAUUCGAUGCGAGACGUUUGUAACGUAGUAUUGAGGACGCUGUUGCCUCUCAUAUUCAGAUCAGGAUCUGAAACCCUGAGAUAUGUGUUCCACUAUUGACAUUGCCCUGCGGGAUUUCUCUCGUUGGAGGUUAUAAAGUGAUUCAUUUUACAAUGGCUACACGGUGCGGCACACGAUCAGGAUGGUUAUUGCAAUGGAGGUUCUCCAUUCUGGAAUACUCAUCUUGCGAGGCAGGAGUUCUGUGUUUGUUGGCUCAGCUUAAGUCAUUUCUGAAAAAAUUACGAAGUCCCAUACAAGGCGACGAGUUUCCAUGUGGACAAACCGGGACUAUUGCGCUGGCGAGGAGUCUGAGCAAGGUGUGCUGGAUAUCAUAGUACUCCAAAAAAUUAUAAAAAAUAAUAUUCCGGAUCCUAAGGGCAAGUUUCUUCAGGUACUCAUAUAAUAGUGGUUAUUGCAGCUAACGAUUCUCUGAGAACUGUUCCUGUUGCUCUUGCUGUCGAGGAAAAGAUUUUAUUAUCCCUGCGUAACUUGCUCUGAAAAUGAGGACGAUAUAUUGCAAUGAACAUAAAGAUGGUUCAAGGUAAACAUCAUUUAAGUCAAGAUAUAGGUCAUGUGCAAGUCCCAACUCUCUUGUCCCAAUGUGUCUCAGAACCGCAGAAAAGACAAUGAUAUAUUCCCUGAAUGUAAAGCAACGUUGACACCGUCCCGCUGAUAUUGCUGGGUUUGGGAAGGGCUGACACUGCCGAUGAACGAAUUCAAUCAGUGAUAGAGUUCAUGUAAUCUAGGGUACUCGUUGUUCCACCCAUCUCUGCCGUAGACCUGUGAGAGUGUCCAGCGUUUCUUUUUACGAAUGUAUAUCGUGAUGCGAACAAGACAGAUUGUGAAAGAGCCAGUCGAAUGUUGAAGUCGGCACCGGGUAUGUCUGCGAUAUACCACGUGACUUCUGAGCGCAUGCAGUCACUUCCAACAAACAUUUUGGUGGAUGAUUAUCCAGUCCGGGUGAAAUAGCCCGCCAUGCACAUAAGAUUAAGCGCAAACAAUGCCACGUUUUUAGUCUCUAAUCGGGUUUUGACUACGUUUCAGUCUGAGCAGUGUUCAGGGUUGACUAAGAAACGGCCAUUCAGUGGAGGACAUGGUGACCUUAUCUAAUGACCAGGUCAACUCUAGGGAACUUGUGAGUUUGCUCGAGUUGUAGAUAUAAAUUCCAACAUUGCCCUGUCAAAAGUUUGAGGGACUUAUGGGUCCACAGAUCUGGAUCCACUUGGUUCGUGUCUUUAAUAUGAGGGCCAUAUCCACAAUCUAGGCAGGUCCCCUACUUCCGAGAAGAUCUUGAGCUCUUGAUUAAAUUCUGACCCAUCCACCGAA